AUGUCUUCAAGACUCUCUAUGGCGCUUCCGCCGGUUUCUGUGCGAUUCAAUUCACAAAGUUCGGCAACCGAAGUUGCCAAACAAAUCGCCGAAAGCGACGUUAGCUCUUCGGCAUCGGAGAUCCAAAAUCAACUUUUAUCUGUGAAUAAUGCUCCAGAGCUCACUUCAGACACAUUGGGAUACUUAAACUCCAUCGGCAUGGCUCAGGGUUGGGGACCAACGUCAUUGAUGGAGACGUACUUUGAGUACGUUCAUGUUUACACAGGGUUGCCUUGGUGGGGAACAAUAGUGGCAUGCACAGUACUUCUAAGAGUUGUUCUUCUUCCGCUUUUCGUCAAGGCUGCAGUCAACAACGCUAAAAUGGCCCCAAUUCAACCCAAGCUCAAGCAGCUCAUGAACGAUGCUAGUACUGCAGAGUCAAUUUUUGAAAAAACAAACUUGAUGAAAGAGAGAAAAGAUCUUAUGAAGGAGCAUGGAGUGUCUUUGGGUUCCUCUUUUCUCUCUUUCGCCCAACUUCCUUUCGCAUACGGAAUCUUCCAGGGCCUCAGAAAAAUGGCUGCUCACCCAGUGGAUGGCUUCACAACUCAAGGUGCUCUUUGGUUCACUGAUUUGUCACAACCAGAUCCUUAUUUGGGUUUACAAGCUCUGUCUGCGCUUUUAAUUGUUGCCUUCUUUAGAAUGGGUGGAGAUACUGGUAAUGCACAGGUGAAUCCCAUGUUCAAGAAAUAUAUCUACGUGUUCCCCGUUAUUGGUUUCUUGAUGACCAUGAAGCUUUCUUCUGCUGUGGCAAUUUAUCUUACCUUCAAUACAAUUUUGUCCCUCUUGCAGGGCCUUUUCUUCCGAAGCAAGAUGUUCAGAAACUACUACAAACUACCAGAUCCUCCUAAGGUACCGCAGCAACAGCAGCCAGCUAAUUUUAGCGAAUGGUUUGCCGACUUCAAGAAGAGGCAACGGGAGUUACAACAAAAGAAUGCCGAAAACCUCAAUAAAAAGUUGGAGGCUGAACGUAAGAUUCGUCUGAGUUCGAGAGAUGGAUUUAUCAAGAGACAUUAG